CCCAGCGCUGAGUGGUGGCACCGGCGUGGUUUGCGUCGGGGUUGCCUGGGCUUGGGGAGACCCGGUGGCCUGGGAGCGGCGCUUGGCGGGCAACCCUCUCUGUCCGUGGACGCGGGACAUUCUUAGCGCUCCGAGGGGUGUUUGCCCUUGAGGAGACUUGGGGUUUCUGGGCGGCAGGUGACAGGGCCAGAGAAAGAUGGAGGAGCUCGGGGCGGCGGCGUCGGGAGCCGGAGGCGGCGGCGGUGGCGGCGAGGAACACGGCGGGGGCCGGAGCAACAAGCGAGGCGCGGGGAACCGGGCCGCCAACGAAGAGGAGACGAGGAACAAACCCAAACUGAACAUUCAAAUAAAAACUUUGGCAGAUGAUGUGCGUGACCGAAUUACAAGUUUCAGAAAAUCUGCCAUCAAGAGAGAAAAGCCUAUUAUUCAACAUUCUAUUGAUUCUCAAGCUGCAAUGGUUGAGAUCCCCCCAGCUCUGAUAGUACAUGAUGACCGAUCUUUGAUUUUGUCUGAAAAGGAAGUUCUGGACCUCUUUGAGAAAAUGAUGGAAGAUAUGAACCUUAAUGAAGAAAAGAAAGCUCCUUUGCGAAAGAAGGAUUUUUCCAUCAAGCGUGAGAUGGUUGUCCAGUAUAUUUCUGCUACUUCCAAAUCUAUAGUUGGAAGUAAAGUUCUGGGUGGCCUGAAAAAUAGCAAACAUGAGUUCACCCUUUCUUCACAAGAAUAUGUUCAUGAAUUGCGAUCUGGCAUCUCAGAUGAGAAACUUCUCAACUGCCUGGAAUCUUUGAGAGUGUCUUUAACCAGCCAUCCUGUCAGCUGGGUCAACAACUUUGGCCAUGAAGGACUUGGAGUCUUACUGGAUGUGCUGGAGAAGCUCCUGGACAAAAAACAGCAAGAAAAUAUCGACAAGAAGAAUCAGUACAAAGUCAUUCAGUGCCUGAAAGCAUUUAUGAAUAAUAAGUUUGGACUACAAAGGAUUCUAGGAGAUGAGAGAAGCCUUUUACUGUUGGCAAGAGCAAUUGACCCAAAACAACAGAAUAUGAUGACUGAAAUAGUAAAAAUCCUUUCUGCUAUUUGCAUUGUUGGGGAAGAAAACAUUCUAGACAAACUUUUAGGGGGCAUCACUGCUGCAGCUGAACUAAAUAAUAGAGAACGAUUUUCACCAAUUGUGGAAGGCUUAGAAAAUAAUGAAGCCUUGCAUCUCCAGGUGGCCUGCAUGCAGUUCAUAAAUGCACUUGUCACUUCUCCAUAUGAUCUGGAUUUUCGAAUUCAUUUGAGGAAUGAAUUCCUUCGUUGUGGAUUAAAAGCAAUGCUCCCUACUCUUAAAGAGAUAGAGAAUGAAGGGCUUGAUAUUCAGUUGAGAGUGUUUGAAGAGAACAAAGAAGAUGAUCUAAGUGAAUUAUCUCACCGUCUCAAUGACAUUCGAGCUGAAAUGGAUGAUAUUAAUGAAGUCUACCAUCUGCUCUAUAAUAUGCUGAAGGACACUGCUGCUGAACCUUACUUACUAUCCAUUCUCCAACACUUUCUGCUCAUCAGAAAUGAUUACUACAUCAGGCCACAGUAUUAUAAAAUCAUUGAGGAGUGUGUUUCACAGAUAGUGCUACACUGCAGUGGCAUGGACCCAGACUUCAAGUACAGGCAACGCAUAGACUUUGAUUUAACUCAUCUCCUAGAUGCUUGUGUAAAUAAGGCAAAAGUUGAAGAAAAUGAGCAAAAAGCAAUGGAAUUUUCAAAGAAGUUCGAUGAAGAAUUCACAGCUCGUCAGGAAGCUCAAGCAGAGCUUCAAAAAAGAGAUGAAAAAAUCAAAGAACUGGAAACAGAAAUCCAGCAACUUCGAGGACAGGGAGUUCCAUCUGCAAUUCCAGGUCCACCUCCACCACCUCCACUACCAGGUGCAGGACCAUGCCCACCACCACCACCACCUCCUCCUCCUCCACCACCUCCACUUCCAGGAGUUGUUCCUCCUCCUCCUCCACCAUUACCUGGGAUGCCUGGUAUUCCACCACCACCGCCACCACCUUUGUCUGGAGUACCUCCUCCACCACCACCCCCUGGAGGAGUUUUUCCUCUCCUAUCAGGACCAAUUGAGCUACCAUAUGGAAUGAAGCAGAAAAAAUUAUAUAAGCCCGACAUACCUAUGAAAAGAAUCAACUGGUCCAAGAUUGAGCCUAAAGAAUUAUCCGAAAACUGUGUUUGGCUAAAACUUAAAGAAGAGAAGUAUGAGAAUCCAGAUCUAUUUGCAAAACUGGCCUUGACAUUUCCUUCCCAGAUGAAAGGUCAAAGGAAUACAGAGGCUGCAGAAGAAAAUAGGAGUGGGCCUCCAAAGAAGAAAGUGAAGGAACUGAGAAUUUUGGAUACCAAAACAGCCCAGAAUCUAUCUAUCUUCCUUGGAUCUUACCGCAUGCCAUACGAGGAAAUAAAGAACAUUAUUUUGGAGGUUAAUGAAGAGAUGCUCAGUGAGGCCCUAAUUCAGAAUCUUGUAAAAUAUCUUCCUGACCAGAAUGCACUCCGAGAACUAGCCCAGCUUAAGAGUGAAUAUGAUGAUCUCUGUGAGCCUGAGCAAUUUGGUGUUGUGAUGAGCACGGUGAAAAUGUUACGUCCUCGUCUCACGAGCAUCCUUUUCAAACUCACCUUUGAAGAACAUGUCAACAACAUCAAACCAAGCAUCAUAGCAGUAACUCUUGCAUGUGAAGAACUGAAGAAAAGUGAAAGCUUUAAGAGACUCUUAGAGUUGAUUCUUCUGGUUGGAAACUACAUGAACUCAGGCUCCAGGAAUGCCCAGUCUCUAGGUUUUAAGAUUAACUUUCUGUGUAAGAUCAAAGACACAAAAUCAGCAGAUCAAAAAUCAACCCUUUUGCAUUUUCUUGCUGAAAUCUGUGAUGAGCAAUACCGGGAUAUCCUGAAAUUUCCUGAUGAGCUGGAGCAUGUGGAAAGCGCAAGCAAAGUUUCAGCUCAAAUACUCAAGAGCAACCUUGUAGCGAUGGAACAAAGCAUUCUUCAUUUGGAGAAAAACAUCAAGAAUUUCCCACAAGCAGAAUCUCACCAUGAUAAGUUUGUGGAAAAGAUGAUGAGCUUUACACAGAAUGCCAGAGAACAGUAUGACAAACUGUCCACCAUGCACAGCAAUAUGUUGAAGCUCUAUGAGAGUCUGGGAGAAUACUUCAUUUUUGACCCGAACGCAGUAAACAUGGAAGAAUUUUUUGGUGAUCUCAACACCUUCAGAACCCUAUUUUUGGAAGCACUGAAAGAAAAUCACAAGAGAAAGGAAAUGGAAGAGAAGAGCAGGAGAGCAAAGCUUGCAAAAGAGAAAGCUGAACAAGAGAAGCUGGAACGCCAGAAGAAGAAGAAGCAACUCAUUGAUAUAAACAAAGAGGGUGAUGAGACGGGAGUGAUGGAUAAUCUUCUGGAAGCCCUACAGUCAGGUGCAGCAUUCAGAGACCGCAGAAAGCGAAUUCCAAGAAAUCCAGAUCAGGUUAUGGCGUGAAAGCUGCUCUGCGUGGGGAGCUACAUAAAUGAAGCAGGACAAGUAGAACUUGGUCUCAGUUGAAACCAUGUGGGUGUAAGAAAUUGUAACUGCUUUCAGGAUAACCAAAUCAGCUUGUCUGAUCACUCUCUCCAAGAUCACUUCCUCAUAUGUUCUUUUCAUGUCUUUCUAGAUCUAAGGGGGAAAAAAACUAGGCAGGUUGAAUUUAUGUUUCCCCUUCUAUUUGGACAAGUAAAGAAAAAAAGAAAAAAUAAUACCUAAUAUGCAAAUGCUACUCAUUUUAAAUUAGUAUACUUGACUUAACUAGCUUCUACUCCCCAGAAGUGUUCUGUGUUUGGACUUAAAGUUAUUAUAUAUUAAUAGAAUAGACACUGGUAGCCAUUGAACUUCAUCAAAUAGAGAGAAAGAGUGAUACUUAAUGCUGAGUUGUCCAUAAAAGCUUUGGGCAAUGCUGAACUUCAUAGCUAUAGCCCAUGGAAGCUACAUUCAUAUUUUUCCCAUUUGGAUAAAUUCCCUGUUUGGGUAAUGGUUAAUGUUCCACAUUUGCCCUACCUAGAAGGCUUAAAGAGAUUAACUUAGUGAAGAUUUGAUUGAGAGGAGAAUAGUACUUUGACUGGCAGUUGAGACUACUUUAUGUAUAUAAAGUCAUUAAAGAUGCUCUCUAACAGUUUUGUAAAACAUAAAAGAAUUUUAAAAGACUGUUUAUAUGUUCAUAAUUAGUUUUUAAAGUAAUAUUAUAUGGCAGAUGUUAAGAGAAGUACCUCAGACAUGUAGGAGACAUUCUACCAUCAUCCAUCUGUGUAAACUGCUGACUACAUACUAUCAGAGUCUUCUCCCAUUCAUUCGGAGUUAUACUAGCAAUUCUAGUUGGUGAAAAGCAAACUGAAAUAAUGUUUUAAACAAUAUGUCUCUGCUAAGAAACUAAUAAAGUUUAUAAAUUAAAGCAUGUUGUUCGGGGCCAUCCGAAAAGUGUUAUUAUCUUCUAGUCUAUAUUCACUAAACAUAUUCAUUUGCUAAAGCCCAAGCUUGAUAAGUCUCAUACCACAUUCUGGUUCCAGAGGGCCUAUAUGAGACAGAGAUAUACUUCAUCAGUGGAUUUUCCAUAGGAUUUAUACCAAAGACAAUAUAGUGCUGAUGAUUGUGAAAACACAGAAAUAUUCACAAACAAUGUAAUUAUACUGAUUCCAUGUCAUCGAAAUUGUGAUAUCUUUUGGUUUGUUGGUUGCCAGUAUAAGCAAAUGAAGUUAUACCAACAACAACAACAAAACAUAAUCCAUUUAUCUCUCUUAUAGUCAUUCCUAGUAGGAAGAGCCAAAGCAGACAUUCUGAGUUAAAAAGAAACUAGAAGGCCUUUGGAGGUAGGACAGAUGAGAAAGAAAAUGAAUCAUAAGCCAACAACAGCAAAAAAAAAAGUCCUCCCUGCCUUUUUCUAGAAGCAGAACUGGGGACUUAUGCAGUUCUCUACCUGUCUUUCAUUUCUGAGCUCGAUCACCUUGACCUGCCAGUUCCAUAGUUUCUUAGUUACAUGGUUUGGUUCCAUUCCAGUAUCACCCUGAUUUGAUAUUCUAAAACUUUCCCCCCAUUCUACACUGGAAAUUCUGGCCCUUUACCAUAGCUUCCAUUUCAACAUGAUAAGAUAAAAGCAGAAAAGCAAAAUUAGGAAAAAUACUAAUUGCCCAAGGAAGGAAAAAGUUUGAAAAGACAGCCCAGCCCCCCCAAAUAUCAUCUCAAACUAUAGCCAAAUGACCAGGAGCAAUGAAAAUGUGCCAUUCUACCACUGUGUAUGUUAUUUCUGCUCUUACCACUUUCAGAUAGAAUUACUGUAUGCAAACCCAGAUAUGUACCACUGAGAUUCAAAUUCCAAAACUGUUUUCGAUUCCAUGUUUAAACACAUGAAGCACUAGAAAAUCAAAGUGUCAAUAAAUUAUAUGAUUAGUUGCCAGUUUUCACCAUGGAACCGAUUAUCUUCCUUCCCCCGCACACACACACACACACACACACACACACACACAC